CAGACUCCAGAUACCAAUCCCUCCUCGCCUCUCUGCAUCGCCUGUGUACCUCCCACACCCGAGCAAGGACCAUUCAUUCAGUCGCCAGGCAAUGAGCUUCGCCAUGUCCACGAAUCAAUCAGCCGUUCAAGUGCGCUCCCUCUACCGCCAGCUCCUCCGCCAAUCCAAACAGUUCGCCCUAUACAACUUCAGAGAAUACGCGACGCGGAGAACGAGAGAUGGCUUCCGGGACAACAUGACAGUGACAGAUGCGGGGAAGGUACAUGAGUUGAUGGAGAAGGGACAGAAGGAGCUGCAGAUGUUGAAGAGACAAACAGUGGUCAGCCAGUUCUUCCAGCUCGACAAGUUAGUGGUGGAAGGCGGGAAAGAGGGCAAACAGAAGGGCGACCGCAACGAUAUUGUACGGCAGAAGGAUCAAGGCUGGGAUUGAUCGAGAAUGCUUUUCUGUUGUACUUCUAUUCAAAGUGGUGUAGGAUUACGAUAAAUCCGGGACCCACUGUUGUCCACGCUCUACCGGAGAACCGAAGAAGUCAUCGACGUUAGGUGUACAUGACACGGUAUCAAGUCCAAGUCAAGCGAUCCAACAGCCCGAUGCGUCCUUGUUGGCCUUCAGUCGUUCAACCCCUGCUCUGGCUGAGCUCUCCGACCAUAGUCACUACAAAUUCGAGCAGGGCGCGGAGCCUGUCGCACGAAAUUCUCUUGCGAAAUUUGCCUCCGCGGACAUUGCGCACCCAACAAGGUGACUGACAGCCAGCGACCACUGAAAUGAUGCGAUUUCGAGAUUCUGUGUCCUAUUGUACAUCGUGGCAAGCAGAUGUUCAUAGAACAAUUCAUGUAAUCUAGUUCAAC